AUGCUCUGGUGGAUCUAUUUGUUGCUUGUUAGUCAGGCCCUCGCUACCCUGCCCUCUGGCGGCUACGCUCCUGGCACCAUCAGCUGUCCUGGCGGACUGCUGUUGACCAGAGACGCUUCCGAGCUCUCGCCCAGCGAGAAGGACUGGUUGGCAGUCCGCCACGCCGUGGCGGACCCCCAGCUAGCAGCCUUCCUCAAGGCUGCCAACAUGUCUGACUUUGACGUCGACUCGUUCUUGGCCGACAAACACAUCAACAUCGCGUUGACGUUUAGUGGAGGUGGCUUGCGGGCCAUGUACUGUGGAGCAGGUCAGUUAAACGCGUUGGACCUGCGGUCGUCUGGCAACUCGCCGUUGAAGGGAAUACUCCAGGCAUCCACGUACGUGGCAGGCCUCUCGGGAGGCUCGUGGUUGGUGGGGUCGUUGGCGCUCCAGAACUUCCAGUCCGUGGAAGAUAUCCUUUCCCAGGGCAAGCUCUGGGACUCCUCGGGGUCGGUGAUCCGCCCCUAUCGAUUCAAUGUGGUGGAAAACACUCUCCAGUUCACUAGAAUCGGCUUCGACAUCUUGGCCAAGCAAGCCGCCUUCUUCCUCACCUCGAUCACCGAUAUCUGGGGAAGAGCAUUGUCCCAUCAGUUGUUCAACACAUUCGAUCAUGACGGCAGAGCUGUCACUUACUCGGACAUUGCUGCCAGCGCCGACUUCAAAGCAGGCAAGUUUCCGUUUCCCAUCGUGGUGGCCGACGGAAGGGCUCCCGGAACCACCAUCCUCAACUUUAACUCCACCGUGUUCGAGGUCAACCCAUUUGAAAUCGGUUCCUGGGACCCCUCGUUGAACCAAUUCUCCCAGCUUCGGUACCUCGGCACCAAGGUGAAUGCCGGAGUUCCACACGGCAAAUGCUACGCUGGGUUCGACAAUGCCGGUUUCAUUGUUGGAACCUCGUCCAGUUUGUUCAAUCAGCUCCUUGUCCAAAUGGACCAGUCGGUACUUCCUCCCGUGUUGAAGAAGUUGCUCGACAUAGGCACAUUGCCAUUAUCCUUGGAAGAUGUGGCCUAUUACGACCCUAACCCCUUCUUUUCCAGCAAUGGUUCCACCUCUAUCCAAAAGGCCCAGAGGUUGACAUUGGUGGAUGGCGGUGAAGACACCCAGAAUGUGCCUCUUACACCCUUCCUCCACUCGGCCAGAGAUGUGGAUGUCCUUAUCGUCAACGACAACAGCAACGACAGACACGGCUGGCCCGAUGGAACCUCUUUGGUAUCCACCUACCAGAGACAGUUCACCCCACAAGGCAAGGACGCUCCGUUCCCCUACGUUCCCGGGCAGUCGUCGUUCCGGAACUUGAAUUUGACCGCAAAACCUACCUUCUUUGGGUGUGACGCCAAAAACUUGUCCAGCUUGACCAACAACAUCUACGAUGUGCCUUUGGUGGUAUACAUGGCUAACAGGCCUUUCACCUAUUGGUCCAACACCUCCACCUUCAAACUCUCGUACACCAAGGACCAGAGACAAGGCGUGAUAGCCAACGGGUACCAAGUCAAUUCCAGAGAAGAGGGCAAGCUCGACUCCGAAUGGGCUGCAUGUGUGGGAUGUGCUAUCAUCAGAAGGCAACAGGAGAGAAACGGCCAGGACCAGAGCGACCAGUGCAAACGUUGCUUCCAGAAGUACUGCUGGAACGGAGAGAUUUACCAGGGUGAAGACCUUGGUGACAAUUUCACUCCUGACGGGAUUACCAAGGGGGCCACGUUUUUCAAUGGGGAUAACACCAAGGGAAUUCACGACGGGGGUGAUUCGUUGUGA